AAUAGAAAUGCAGUCUGAAACUUCGCGUACUCUCAAAGUAUGCUCCCUCCAGUACAAGCCUGUCUACAAAGAUAUUGACGAAUCCUCCCAGAUUGCUGACAAACUGCUUUCUGGGUUCUCAGACCAAGAUGAGUUCGAUGUGAUUUUGCUUCCAGAAAUGGCGUUCGCAGGGUACACGUUUGACGACAAGGAAGACAUUGAGCCGUAUUUGGAGGAAGCAAAGAGCGGGAAGACUUUUGAGUGGUGAGCAUCUACAGCCAAAAGACUCAAAGCAUAUGUAUUCUGAGGUUAUCCAGAGAAAGAAGGAACAAAGAUGUACAACUCUCAGUUAGUAGUUUCUCCUGAAGGAGAAUUCCUGAAAUCAUACAAGAAGACUUAUCUUUAUGAGACUGAUGAAACCUGGGCAGAUGAGGGACCUGGCUUUGAAUGCAUGACUAUCAAGAAUAGGGCAGGCCAGGAAGUUAAAAUUGGCAACGGAAUCUGAAUGGAUAUUAACCCCUAUAAGUUUCAAGAUGAAUCUGCUCCAGGAGCAAAAGCAUGCGCAUUUGCAAAUUAUCAUGCUGAUAAUGAUGUUGAAGUCAUACUUUUUUCUUCAAACUGGGUCGAUAGUGAUUUGGAUAAGGUAGCUGAUGAUGAAGCAACCAUGUCAACAUUGAAUUAUUGGUGUUACAGGCUGGCUCCUUUCAUGAGACCUAAAGACACUUCCAAGAAGAGAUAUUUUGUAUGCGCUAAUAGAAAUGGAGAAGAAAAAGGCACAAACUAUGUCGGAAGUUCAUGCUUCCUAAUGGGUCAUGAAGGCAAGUUCACCCUGCUUGGAAAUCUCUCGAGGCCUGCUGUAGGAGCCCUCCAGGCUACACUUAAGCUGGAUUAG